AUGUUUCUUGCUACUGGCUUCCUGAUACUGAUGUAUUAUGCCAUGGACGAAGGAGAUGCUGAGACAUCGCGUUAUGUAGAUAAAUCAUUUUCCAACGACGUUCGUGCUGCUCGAAAAGAGCAGGCGAAAAAAAGAAUCCGAGACAAUUGGGAUGAUACAGCUAAUCUUGAGAAUAAUAUUGAAGUUCCGCCUGCUGAAGGUGUGAAAUCAGACUCCAUUAAUCAAAUUAAUCCCCCGGAUAAACCUAUCCAAGGAGAGGUGGUUGUUGUGGUGGUUGCAGCAAAUGAAAAUGGCGGAGAAAUAAAAGCUGUGAGAGCUGACGAUUCAUACGAUGCUGAUGACGUAAUUGAAACAUUAGAAGCACCUGAAAAGCCAAGUGAACAAGACGUCGAGGAUGAAGAUAUGUUGCGCGAUAAUGAUGUACUGGUAGGCGAUGUUGUUAUCGAUCGGAGUGACGAACUCUUAGCCCAAGCAAAUGACACAGAAGUACUUGGCAACUUACUUCACAUCGGUGGCAUAGCUGUUGAUGACAUUGACAGUUCAAUUUACAGUCCAUUGGAACUGUUGCCAGCUUUGAAGAAACCACCAUCAGAUAGAAAUUCUCCAGGAGAAUUCGGUCGUGCGUUUCAUGUUCCUAGAAAGGUCGGAGCUGCUCUUGCACCGAUGAUAAUGCAAGGAUAUCAGCAGCAUGGUUUCAACACCAUUGUCAGUGAUAUAAUAUCCGUUCACAGAAACCUUGGAGACAAGCGAGAAGAACAGUGCAAGGUAUCAGCCAAGAUAAAUAACUUAGAUCGAAUUUCCCGGGCAAAAAUAUUCAGGAAACCACUGCCCAGCGUAUCUGUUGUUAUAAGUUUUCGCAAUGAAGCUUUUUCCAUACUGAAGAGGACAAUGUACAGUGUAUUGGAAACUAUACCUGCUAUACUUCUCAAGGAAGUUAUAUUGGUUGACGACAACAGUAACCUUGAGUAUUUGCGAGAACCACUCGAGCAAGAAGUACGGGAAAUAGCAUCAUUGGUGAAACUAAUAAGAUCGCCUACAACACUUGGUGUCGCCAAAGCCAGAAUGCUCGGAUUGAAACAUGCGAAUGGACAAGCUGUUGCUUUUUUGGACUCACAUUGUGAAUGCUAUGAAGGUUGGAUAGAACCUUUGCUACAAAGAAUACAGGAAAACGAAAAAGUUAUUGUAGUUCCAAUAAUAGAAAUUAUCGAACCUGAAACAUUUGCCUUCGGUGUGAGUCCCAUGCAAAUGGCUCAGAGAGGAGGAUUUGAUUGGACGUUGUCAUUUCGAUGGAUAGCACCACACAGAGAACGAUUUGAAAACCCGGAUUCAGAUAUGUCCCUUCCUAUUCCCACACCAACAAUAUCAGGAGGAGCAUUCUGUGUUGACAGAAAAUAUUUUCUAGAUAUGGGAGCAUACGACGAGGGAAUGGAAGUUUGGGGAGCAGACAAUCUAGAAAUGUCAUUUCGAACUUGGAUGUGCGGAGGUCGACUUGAAAUUAUACCUUGUAGUCACGUGGGACAUGUUUUCAAAAACCAUGCACCUGACACCGUAACGUUACAAACCGUUUUGUCAAAUAAAAGACGAGUUGCUGAUGUUUGGAUGGAUGAUUACAAAGAUAUAUUUUUAAAACGGUUGCCAUAUGCACAGGCAGCUGAUGCUGGGAACGUUACAACUCGGCAAAAACUUCGAGAAGAACUCGAAUGCAAAUCUUUUGAAUGGUAUCUUGAAAACAUAUAUUCGGAACUCUACAUCCCUGAACUCAACCCUUUACAUAGCGGAUCAGUUUGCUGCCGUUUUGGAUAUCAAACUGACGUUUGCCUUGAUACCCAUAACACCAACGCAAUACCAGGUCGACCCAUAUGCGUGGAUGCAUUCCAGAAAGGAUUGGUAACACAGUAUUUCGAAUAUACGAAGCAGGACGAAUUACGACAGUCUGGAUCACGUGAUAUAUGUCUGGGCGCUAAAGGCAACAAGGUCGAAGUUCAAAGGUGCGGUUAUCCGGCUGCAAACAAGGAAAUGGCGCCCGAUACCCAGAGAUGGGAAAUAGCAGAGGGUGCGCGAGAUGCGACGGAGGAAGGCAUGAAGAGGCGUGUCUGA